AUGAGAGAGGAGGAGCAGUCUAAUGAUGACCACCCCAAGGGAGGGGUGGUUGCCAGCAAGGAGAACACAGGAAGAUCACCACCUAAUGCCUGUCCCGUUGUCAUAGCAAUGCCAGGGGUCACCGGGCGUAAACGGCUGAUGGGUUCAUUUACGGAGCACCAUGCUACUACAGUUUCUCCCACCACAUCAGCAGACGAUGACAAGAUCAAGCCAGAAGAUGACAUCCAGAUCUACACCUCGACUGGACCCAAGAGACUCAAGAGGAGCCCUCACCAUCGGCCACCUUCUGCAGACCCAUCCCUUUCUCCUGACCCUGGACCUAGUCCUAUAGGUCUCUCAGUCCCUGAAGACCCACGUGCCCAGCGGGUGAUUGCAAACAUCCGGGAGCGCCAACGGACACAAUCUCUGAAUGAAGCCUUUGCCUCAUUGCGGAAGAUCAUCCCUACACUGCCAUCUGACAAACUGAGCAAAAUCCAGACCCUUAAGUUAGCAUCGCGUUACAUUGACUUUCUGUACCAGGUACUGCAGAAUGACGAGAUGGACUCUAAGCUGGCUGGGUGUAACUAUCUGGCCCAUGAGAGACUGAGCUAUGCCUUCUCUGUCUGGAGGAUGGAGGGGGCCUGGUCAACCAUGUCUGCUGGUCACUAA